AUGAGUAUGAUGAACCAAGCAAGAGGAAUUAGAAGACAAAAGCAUGGAGAGGACAGACAGCAGCCAAAUAUUUUCUCGAUCAGUGAGUGUGCGUCUUCUUCACAAUCUCCAAGUCCAUCUGUAACAGUUUUGCCUUAUCCAAUAAAGACAGUCAUAACUUCAGUUGCACCUGCUACCAGUGGGAGAAGUAUGUCACCUACUGUCAUUGUUACCAUCACCAGUACCACCACCGAUCAACAUGACCAGUACCACCAUCAUCAACAUUUCCAUUAGCAUUUAUCAAGCAAGUGCUGUUGUACAACAGCAACAGCUUCCACUGCCUCCAAUGGAAAUCCACCAACAUCUUCAGGAGAGCAAAUCAAAGAGUUAAGGUUACUGUAUUGUGCCAACAAACCAUAGUUUCUGAUCACUUUGAGUGCCUCCAGGAAGGUGUACUUGCAAAGAGUAAAUUGUGAGACAAGAAAGUGGUGGGUCAUCUCAUUAGUGCUGGUGUAAAGUAAAAUCUGCAAAGACAUUUUAAGUCUCUAUUACUUAGGGAAGAAGCAGAAGAGGAAUGUAUUAGGGCUAUCAGCAGGUCUACUGGAGCUGUAUUCGAUUCUGUGCAGUUGUGAGAACCUACCAAUGGUACCUCCUCCACUACUACCACCAUCCUUAAACAGAACAGAGGGAUGUUGAAGAUAGUGCCAAUAGCCGACAGAAACAGGUUGGAAAGUAACAGUAACAGUUGGACCCUCAUCAUCCAAAGAAUUUCAAAUUUCUAUUGAUUAGAUGUGUUUGCCAGUGCAACUUGCAUUCAUUACGAUUCACUGAUUUUCCAAUGUCCACCCCCAAACAUUCCCAUGGUGGCUCGCUAUCCCCAUGCUUUUAAAACUCAGUAGAGCUCUCUGAUGUCAUAGGUAUCUGAUCAAGGGUCAAGGGUUUUUAUUUGGGGGUAAGGGAAUCUUUUUACACAAAUGAAAGCAGUAUUAUACUAUGGAAAGUUUUUUUGUAUCCUUUCAAGGUGCAAUCUACAUUGAGCUACAGUGUAUCUACAGAUGCUACAUAUCUGCUGCAAGACAAGAUUAACCCUUUAAAGACUUUUACCCAGAACUUUUGGACUCUUAAGCAAGUUUUAUAUAUAUUUUUUCUGUGCAUAAUCAAACUUAUUGUGAUAUGUAGAGUUUGAUAUAUACAUUACUAAUUCACAGUUAUAAGUUUUUGGUUUUCACAUUUACACCGAUGGCCUAUUGUAAGGCUAUCAUAUAUAGCGCUGACACAUUUUAUGAAUCUGAUGUCAUAGCCAUUGUGGUGGGGGGUGGGUGUACACUAGGAAAAAUUGUUGGCUGGGUGGAUAAUGGUAUUUUAUUAGUAGAUUAAUCUGCCACUCAUUGGUGGGGGCUAGGGAAGACAUUAUGUCUCCAUGGUUGCUACAUUAAUAGCUCCAUCCGCCACCUAUGGGUGGCGGCUGAGGGUUAUUAUGACCCCAAUGUAUUAUUGAACGAACAUCCCCCACUCGCUGCCCAUGUGUGGGUGCUGGGGGAGAAAUGAGUCCCCUCAUUAAUUUUAAAAAGUAGCCCUCAACCGCUGACCAUAAAGUGUCUCUAGUAAAUAUGAGAAUUGCCAAACUCUGAAUUUUGUCCAAACUCUGAAUUUCUGAAAUACAGAGGGUGUGUCCUCAUUUUCUCUUUAGCAUUGACAACAAUUGACAAACACUCUAUUUACAGUUAUGUUAUUGUAAAUUAGCUUUAAUACUUGACCCUCUAAUUCAAAACCAAUUAAUAAGCCCUGCUAUGCAUUUUGUUUGUUUAUUAAUUGUUCAAAAGCACUUUAAAAUUAUUUCAGCAAUGGUGUAUUUUUCUUAACGACAGCUUAUCUGAUAGCCACAUAGUUCGAUUAGUUGAGCAGUUUUUCUUAUGCACUUUUAUACGCUAUAAGCAAUCUGUAAACAAUCUUGCCUAGCAGGAUGUGUUAUAUGUCAAGACAUCUUAUGUGGCUUCAGCAUCAUUACAGAACUAAAAAAAAGCAAUAUGCAUAAUGCUGUUUAAAAUAUGUAUGUGCAGGGCCACCAUCAGAAAUUUUGGGGCCCCUAACACAGCUCAAGGUUUGGGCCCCCGGGUGCCCGCCUCCAAGCCCCGCCUCCAAAGGAAUACACACACACACAGACACAAAAGGACACAGACACACACAAAAAAAGAUACACAAAUACUGAAACAGAAUUACACACAUACAGGCAUACUGACACACACAUACUGAAACAGACACACACACAUAUUCAGACACACACACACACACACGCAUAAGGAGAUACAGAUACAUACACAUACAGACACACUGUGUGCCUUUGUAUAUCAGUAUUUCUCAUUGAAAAAGUGAUGGUAAAAUGUCAAAGGAAAACCAUUCUGCAUGCAUGUAUCUCAGUCAGCAAGUCAACUUUGGCACAACACCAACUGCCACCAAGCUAUGCUGUCCCAUGUAUUUAUGAUGGACCUGAUUGAGGCUUUCCAGUAUAGGGAAUGCAAAGUAUCAAAGGACUUCCAGUAUUGGGAGCCUUCAAUACAAACUUUAGACAGUGACAGAAAAGCUAUGAUUAAACAAAAAUUUAAACAUUUCAGUUCUUUGUAUUCUUUUAGAAUACUUCAUUGAUGACCCUGGUCCCUUUGUGGGACUUGGAUGGCCGGGAGCGAAGGAGCAAUUUGGUUCAACCCCUACAACUUGCUUGGAUCUUUGCAAUGGAAUCAAACCGAACAGAAAUAGGUUAAUGGAAAGAUUUUUGGGCCACAUCCAGAACACAUUCAGUAAUACAAAUCGGAGCAAUUUACAGAAGCUUCACUUUGGAACAAACUCAAUUAGGAGCUACAUUGCUACAUUUGGAUGA